ACUUAUGACCCAAGACUUAGCAGUAUGGCACAGCUGGAAGCAGUCAAUAGAGUGGACAUAUAUGAUGGAGUGUAUAUUAGAUGAUGCUAACGUCAUCUGUCAUUCCUUAUUGGCCGCUGAACAAAUCAGCCAAUGAAAAAGAAGGGGGGAUAUGAUGUUUUCAUUCCUUGAGUUCAGAGUUGGAAUCUCAUCAUAUGGUGAAGUGCUCAUAACAGCAACAAGGCAUGCAUAUUGAGAGUUGAAGCAUUCCUUGCUACUUCACUGCUGUGUUGUCCUCGAUAGUUGGUUCUCUCAUACCCGAGCGAUUGCACUUUUGUGGUUUAAUAACGCGACUGACUUGAGCUGUUGUACCGGUUAGAUUGGUCAUCAGCACUAGCUUGGGAGUCUUCCAGAUCAUCACUUGUGGCCUUUUGGGACUCCUGUGUUUAUUUCCUGGCUGCGUUAUGUACGGUACUGAUACUAUGCCUCUGACUCUGGGUGUAGGCGAUCACCCCAGGACAGAAACGUCCGCCACAACGACAACGACAACAUGCACCAUGGAUAAUAACAAUGACGGUCAGGUGGUAACGGCCAACCACACCGCGACGAAAACCGCCACGAGCGCCGACCGUCCGACAACCCUCCAAAUGCAAGACAAGCCCAAGGCCGCCAAGGACCUGCUGAUCAGCAAAAUAGAGGACCUCACGCAGCGGCCGGACAGACGGAGAGAAGCCUGGGGGAUGCCGAGAUGCACCAGGGAGAAAAGCAAAGAAGCCGAGGACGUGGUCUUAACCUGCGAUCGGGCCAGAGGCGAUUAUUACCUGGAAGACGCCCCCUAUCAAGGCUUUAACCGAUCGCCCUGCUGUAGCGACGAUUACGAAGACGAGGAGGAUGACGACGAGCGUCUAGAAGCAGCGUCCUACAUGAAGAACAACUCCAGUUCCAACUACAGUCAGAGCCACUUGGACUUCUCUGGCAGCUCCUGCCACUCCUCGCCGGGAUUCCUGCGGCAUCACCACAGCUACGACCAUCUCAAAUCCUCAACGGCGUACUCCGCGCCCAGCUCUCCCGCCACCACGCACCCGCACCAGCGGCACGCGGGGAAGAAGCUCCUGCACCGGGCCGAACACUCCUCCCCGGACCUGGUGUCCUCCGCGGCCGGCGGGAACAACAAGGGCCGGCUGCGUAAAAGCCUUUUUAAGCGAUUCUCAGGAAACAACAAGGACGAUCUCACGGGGGGUCCGCGAGCGGGCUCCAUGCGGGAGAAGAAGAACGGGAAGAAGGUCGUCGAGUCGAAAAAGGUAAGUCAAAUUUGGUGGCAGGGGUGCGAUUUGUCAGGAUAUUUCCAAUUUCAAGAUUUGUCCUAAUUUCAGGAUUUUUGAAGAAUCCCUUUUCAAAUCUGGAAUUCCUGAGGUUUUACUUC